CGUCGUGGGCGGGUGGAUGUCCUGCUUAUAAACCCAGAUCUUUCCUCGUGGGCGGGAACAGCAACAGUAGUGAAGCUCAGGAAGAGAGAGAGAAAGAGAGGAGGAGAAGAGGCUGUGGUGGCGGCUGUGGUUGACCGGGGUUCGCGGAGGGGGCGAGGUGGCCGCCCCUGAAUGCCUCUUCGACCGCGCAUGGACGACCACCUCAGCCUCCUGCAAUCACCCCCGCCGAGCGCAACCAAAACCCGGAGCGACAACCUGGUGAACCACGGAUACACCGAGACAGAAGGCGACGUGAUGACGGUCGUGGCGUGUGACAACAUGCUGGAAGAGUCGGCGGCUCUCCCGGGCCACCACUCCCUGGACCGAUAUGAACCGGACCAAGAAUGCUGCGAGAGGGUCGUCAUCAACAUUUCAGGGUUACGCUUCGAGACCCAGCUCAAAACUCUCUCCCAGUUUCCCGAGACGCUCCUGGGGGACCCCAAGAAGAGGAUGAGGUACUUUGAUCCUCUCAGGAACGAGUACUUUUUCGAUCGAAACCGACCCAGCUUUGAUGCCAUUCUGUAUUACUACCAGUCUGGCGGGCGCAUCAGACGACCCGUAAAUGUGCCCAUUGACAUUUUCUCUGAGGAGAUCCGAUUCUAUGAGCUGGGUGAGGAGGCUAUGGAGAAGUUCAGGGAGGAUGAGGGGUUCAUAAAGGAGGAGGAGCGGCCGUUGCCAGAGAAUGAAUUUCAAAGACAGGUGUGGCUGCUUUUUGAAUACCCAGAGAGCUCGGGUCCCGCACGGGGCAUAGCGAUAGUAUCUGUCCUGGUCAUUCUCAUCUCCAUUGUCAUCUUCUGCUUAGAGACAUUGCCGGAGUUCAGGGACGACAACAGGGAUCCGAUCACCAUUGCACCUGUGAUUAAUGGCACGCUCACGUAUUUCACCAGCCCAUUCUCUGACCCGUUCUUUGUUGUGGAGACGUUGUGUAUCAUCUGGUUCUCCUUCGAGCUGCUGGUGCGCUUCUUUGCAUGCCCGAGUAAAGCCACGUUCUCCAAAAACAUUAUGAACAUUAUUGACAUCGUGGCCAUCAUUCCCUAUUUCAUCACCCUGGGCACAGAGCUGGCAGAGAGGCAGGGAAACGGACAGCAGGCCAUGUCAUUAGCCAUUCUGCGCGUAAUUAGGCUUGUUCGGGUAUUUCGUAUCUUCAAACUCUCGCGUCACUCCAAAGGCCUUCAGAUUUUAGGACAGACUCUGAAGGCCAGUAUGCGUGAGCUGGGCCUGCUUAUCUUCUUUUUGUUCAUCGGUGUCAUACUUUUCUCCAGUGCUGUUUACUUUGCUGAGGCAGAUGACCCAGAUUCGGGUUUCACCAGCAUCCCGGACGCUUUCUGGUGGGCUGUUGUCACCAUGACCACCGUGGGCUACGGGGACAUGCACCCCGUGACAAUAGGAGGAAAGAUUGUGGGGUCUUUGUGCGCCAUCGCUGGUGUGUUGACCAUUGCCCUGCCUGUGCCUGUCAUCGUGUCCAAUUUCAACUACUUCUAUCACAGAGAAACGGAGGGCGAGGAGCAGGCACAAUACCUGCACGUGGGCAGCUGUCAGCCUCUAGCAGACACAGAGGAGCUGAGGAACACUCGCUCCUCUUCCUUAAUCAGCAAGAGCGAGUACAUGGUGAUAGAGGAGCACGGUAUCAACAGCGCUUUCAAACAGCAGCCCAACUUCCCCACCACCACCACCACACAAAACAACUCACAGAAUUGCGUGAAUAUAAACAAAAAGAUUUUCACUGAUGUGUAGCCAAUUUUGGAGUCAUGGCCCUGAACACAGAAAGGGGCGGUGUGUAAACACAGCUGCUUCUGUCGUUGCGCUGCAGCGUGUGGAAGCAAAUCAGAUGAAGAAAGAAAGCAACCCCUGUCUGUUCAGAGACGCUGCUUUGUGCUCCACUAAAAGAAUCCGGAUUUUUCAUUUGGCUGAUCUGAUUCAUGAUUCUCUGUUUUCCUUUCGCGCUUGGAGAGAAAGAGCUCUUAAAGUAGCUAUUAGGAUUGCUAUUCUUCUCUGAGGAAGGAUAUUGACCUGUUGUGCAUUGUGCAAUAGUCAAAAUAUUAUCACAACAGGUAGUAUUAUAAGCUUUAUUACUGUGAACGUAGUACAACUGUAUGCUUGAUGAAUCACUCACAUUGUAUUAACAUGCGUUAUGAGUCGUGAUUCGUCAGCCAUAGCCUAUGUAGCCUAUACUAUUCAGUCAUUUAAAUCUGUGUGUGUAUAAACACAUGUAAUGUCUGAAAAACUCAGUAAUGCAUAUAUUAUCUCAAUUAGACCGUUCUGUGAUGCCUUUAUUGUGCGUUAAAGUCUAGUUCAAAUGCUGCUGUCUUUACAAUAAUCCCCUGUAUUUCCUAAAUAUGAAUGAUCCCAGUAGGCUAUUUAAUGCGUUUAAACGUCACCAUGUAAACUCAAUGUCCCGCCGACUGGCAGUGUCUCAACAUCGGUUUAAGCGGGGAAAGACGCAAACAAAAAGCGAUCAAAUAUGGAAAGUGCUUCUCUUUGGAUGCCUCAAAUAUAGCCAGUCGCCAUGGCGACGGUCGUUUCUUCGGUAACCCCAGUCACUGUUGCCAUGGCAUCCUUGUUUCCACAGUAACCCCCCCCCCCCCCAGAUCCCAGAUGGAUUGAAAGCUAUAUUGAAGAUUAUUCUCUAAAAAGCGUGUCUUCAGUCUUUUAUAAGACUAUUUUGCCCAUCAGUCUUUGUGUGCCUAAAAUACAAGCUCACUUAGUGACUUUAGUAUUGACACAAAAACAAAUUAGAGUGAGAAGGUCUGUUUACAAAUUGCCACCAUGGACUGUCUCCAGGAAUUAUGAAUGGACUGGAAUCACAUCAUCGUGUCUGGCUGCCCAGAGUGCGCUACUGCGUGGCCUCAGCAGAGGCUGCUGUUCUCCAACUGAUAAAACUGUGAAAGUUGUUCGAUAUGUCUGCACAGACCUGAUGACCCCAAUUAUACUGCCUCCCAUGUAGGGGCACAAGAACUCUGGUCUUCCCGUUGCGUCAUAUUGGCCAAAGUUAAGAAUUGAGACAGAGCUCUCACCGGAUCAUGUUUUCUUCCCUUACUUGCUUCCUGCUGACUGGUGUCCUAUAACCUGGACUAUGUGCCUACUGUACCAGUUCUCCCCCUCCAAAGGAACACUCUAUCCAAAAUGCAAUUGCAAGAACGACAACAAAAAGAUGUACAACAUAUUCCAAGUACAGUUUUGUAGUUGCAGUUGCCUUUAUGACUGCUUCUCUUCUGAACACGCUGUGAGUGGAACCAUCACAGGAUCAAAAGUGAUUCCGACAGUAGCAGAAUCCAGCUGGAACUGUUAGGGACUCUGACAGUUCUCCAAACUGCUUUCAAUUUCAAAAGGACAGAUUUAGGAAACGGGCAGCAAUUUUGCAAAGCACAUUUACCCUAAUUCCUGAACUUCACACAGAUUUCUAUAUUCCGUAUCCAUAUUGCUGGGAAAUUAUAUUAAUCGUGGAUAGUAACUCACAAACAGCUUUUACCUUAAGUCAAAAGUGGCAAAAAACUGAGGCCCUGAUUAGGUGAUAUGAAACUGUGAUACAAAUCAAAGACUGUUAGCCAUAUGCCUUUGGUUAGCUCUGUGUGCUCUGUGUAUGUGAAACACACACCUAUGUAUGUGUGCUGGUUGCAGCCUUUCCCCUGACCUGCAAAUGGAGAACAAUAUUGAGACAUGCACUUACAUACAAACACAGACACUCACACACACACAUGUAAACGGUGCCUGGCUCUCUUUUAUCCCAGAGUGCACUGGUGUUUUUUGGGAUGGGGCAGAAUAAUGUCAGGGGAAGGCUGUGGAUGCCAGUAUUUAUGUUGUGUGAUUCUGUGCUGUCUUAAACAUGACCCAUAUAAAGAGA